UUUACAGUGGCAGAGAGCACACAUUUCGCAGGUUUUACAUGUUGUACACAGAAGUCCACCUUGGAAUACUAACUGUAGUUUGUCGCGCUACAGAUGUUUGUUGAACAAGACAACCACGUGGACUUACACGUUCCCUAAUAUAGGCUGGUGGUUGGACCUCGUGACAUUUUCAAGCGCGGGAGAUUUCCAUGCUUGUGUUGUGUCCUACGUCCUAUCUGUGACGCAGUAUGCAAGUAUCAGCUAGGCGCCACAUCACAUGUAGCUUGCCAGCACAGAAACAAAGAUGAGCCAAGAAAUUAACAACGAGACAUCUCAACUGAAUGGGACCCCGGCCUCUGAUCCUGCUCAGACGAAAAAGCGUGAGGACUACCUGGAGUGGCCUGAAUAUUUCAUGGCUGUAGCCUUCCUGUCAGCUCAGAGAAGCAAGGAUCCCAGCUCACAGGUUGGAGCAUGUAUUGUUAACCAGGAGAAUAAGAUAGUGGGCAUCGGCUACAACGGCAUGCCCAACGGCUGUGAUGAUGACCUGCUGCCUUGGGCCCGCUCUGCUGACGACAGACUGGAUACCAAAUAUCCUUAUGUGUGCCAUGCGGAGCUGAAUGCUAUCAUGAAUAAGAACUCAGCGGACGUGAAGGGCUGUUCCAUGUACGUGGCUCUGUUCCCCUGCAACGAGUGUGCCAAGCUCAUCAUCCAAGCAGGUGAGACCCCCACACACACGCAGAUGACCACACACGCAGAUGACCCCACACACACAAGCAGGUAUAAAGGACGUGAUUUAUUUGUCAGACAAGUACCACGACAUCCCUGAAAUGACUGCCUCCAGACGGCUGCUUAACUUGGCAGGGAUCCAAUACAAGCAGUUCAAGCCCAAACGAAACAAGUUCGUCAUCGAUUUUAAUUCUAUUAACUCUGGGAUGUUCAACGGAACAGGCUGAAUACACUCACCUUGGGAAAGAAAGAGUGGGUGCUUUGAUGUCUACUCAUCCCCUCAACCUACCAUGACUAGAGGAACUCAAGUAUGUCUGCUGUAAAUGUUGAAAAUCAUAUAGAAACAUUCAUAGGAAAGGUUUUGCUUUUGUCUUUUACAGUGCAAAAAGUGAUUUUUAUUGAGUUGUGAAAUUGUAUAGAAAUUUACAUUGUGUCACAUGGAGUUACUUUUACUGUGGUCUCUUUAAAAAAAUCACAAUCAGGAUACGCUUCCAAUUGUUACUGUUUUAAUUAGAGUUUUACGGUUUUAGACCAACUACUGAUUUUGUCAUUCUAAAUGUUAAACGUAUUAGUACCAUGUUAGGUCACAAAUGUUGGGGUACUGAAACACUAAACCAUUUCAUAUUGUGUGCUGCACAUGCAAUGUCAACCAAAUAAAACUACGAGCAAUGUUUUAAAAUCA